ACCUUUCUCAGGUCUUUGACUGCCCCACAUCUCCCAUUCAAUACACUGCGGCUGCAGACUCCAUAUCCCAGGGAGCUGAGACGCGAUUUCACGCCCUUUUUCUUGGGCUUCCCCCUCUCGCGUCUUUCCUGAUUCAAUCUCUCCGCCUACCUGACAUCGCAGUGGCCAUUUUACCCGUCCUCCGCUUUGCCGCCUUUUUUGUCUGGCGCUGUAACGGUUGGAACUGUGGGCACUUUCGCACAUCCUCCUAUCGGUG